CGGUCGACAGGCUUGGCGGGUUGCUCCGACUUUAUUAGCACCGCCAUUAGGUCCGGUUUUUCUUCUUAUAUGUACUUAUUCUGAAUAGAACCACGCUAAUUAGUGCGGAAUUUUUAUUUAUUCUACUGUGACGCCUCGUCAUCUAGCUCUAGUUGAUCUGCUGCCUCCGUCGCUGGCUCAGACUGCACCCUCGGCGUUGGUAUUGGCCCAAUUUGGGCUAUAAAAAAUAAACAAAUGUCUAAAAAACAUCUAAUAGAAAAAAAAAUUUACUUACCAUCUUGUGCCGGUGGUUCCUUUCGCUUAAUGUGUAUUCUAUAUUUGUGAGAAUUUAUGCCCUUAAGUGAAUUGCUUUUAAAUUUACACUCCGGAAUGUCGCAGCGAGGGACGUCGACGCCUCGUCAUCAGACGCAGCCAGGGACGUCGACGCCUCGUCAUGAGAAGCAGCCUGGGACGUCGACGCCUCGUCAUGAGGAGCAGCCUGGGACGUCGACGCCUCGUCAUGAGAAGCAGCCUGGGACGUCGACGCCUCGUCAUGAGAAGCAGCCUGGGACGUCGACGCCUCGUCAUGAGGAGCAGCCUGGGACGUCGACGCCUCGUCAUCAGACGCAGCCAGGGACGUCGACGCCUCGUCAUGAGAAGCAGCCUGGGACGUCGACGCCUCGUCAUGAGAAGCAGCCUGGGACGUCGACGCCUCGUCAUGAGGAGCAGCCUGGGACGUCGACGCCUCGUCAUCAGACGCAGCCAGGGACGUCGGCGCCUCGUCAUCAAGCUCUAGCCCAAUUUGAUCUGCUGGCUCCGUCGCUGGCUCAGACUGCACCCUCGGCGUUGGUAUUGGCCCAAUUUGGGCUAUAAAAAAUAAACAAAUGUCUAAAAAACAUCUAAUAGAAAAAAAAUUUACUUACCAUCUUGUGCCGGUGGUUCCUUUCGCUUAAUGUGUAUUCUAUAUUUGUGAGAAUUUAUUGAAUUGCUUUUAAAUUUACACUGGAAUGUCGCAGUUAAACUUCACGUUCACGCAUUUGUGAUGCCGAAACUUUUUGGAGGUUCUAAAAUGUGUGCAGCACACGGAACACAUACAGUGGGUCGCAGCUUAUUUCGUGCAGGGGAAUAAAAAAUGUUUAAGUC